AUGAGGGUUUCUUCAUUGUUGGGGUCCGCGGCGGCUGGCAUGUCUAUGCUUUCUGUCUUGCAUGUACAAGCCUUGACUUUUGAUGCUAUUUCAAUCCCAGACCUGGAUCUCUCUUCUCUGGGUCGAGUUGCUAUCACUGGUGAUUUUAAUGGCGUCUCCCUUUACCAGUAUGAGGGGCAAACUGAAAUCACCAAGCGCGAUGGUGCCUCCAUUCUAACCCCCCUACCUAAUGGCAUUUUGACAAAUCUAUCCUCCGCCGACGCGCAGAUCCGAUCCAUGUGCUCCUUUACGAAGAAGGAUGGAACUUUCGCGGGCAUUUUUGUUGGUGGUAAUUUCACGACUCUUGGCGGUGUUGACUCACGCGGCGCCGCUCUUUUCAACCCAAAUUCCAGCGUGGUAACGGCCUUGGACGGACUGAAUGGUUCGGUGUCGACCGUGUUAUGCGACCAGGAUACAAAUCGUGUCUACGUGGGUGGAAACUUCUCAUAUGGCAACAACACCAACGCCGUCGCAUGGACCCCCGACAAUGGUUGGACAGAUCUUUCGUUCAAGGGACUCAACGGGCCGGUGGACUCGAUCUUGAAGGCGGAGAAUGGCCACAUCAUCUUUGGAGGAUCUUUCAGUGGACUCGGAAACUCCACCAACUCCACUUCUAACUCUACAUCCACAAAGAACCGACAGACUCUCAAUUUGCAGAAUGCCACCAUAUCUUCCGAUGCACUAUCCUCCUUAAGUGGCUACGAGGACCCCAAGAAUAUCAUCUGUUCGACUAGCGGCAAGGCGGCCGAGGGCAAAACAUGGUUACUUGAAGAUUAUGCCCCUGGAUUCUGGAGGGCAGACUUUGGAUUUGAUUUUUACCCCACAGUUGUCCGCCUCUACAACACCCACUUGGAUGGACGCGGUACCAAGACAUUUUCUUUCAAGGCUCUCCCGGAUGAUGGCAUCAUGAAUUUGACCUAUACGGAUGGCUCAGGGAAUAAAAUGGCUUGCGAUCAAUCUUGCACGCUUUCUAACAGCACAACAGAGAAGUACCGUGACUUUACCCUAGUCAACCCUGUCGGAAUGAAAGGAUUUGAAAUCAAUAUUCACGAUUACUACGGCCUGGGCGCUGGCCUGAACGGAAUUGAAGUUUUCCAGGAUCGGAUCAUGGCCUAUGCAAUCGACGAGUACAAUGAACCUACUUGCGCUGGAAUCAAAUAUCCUUCCCAGUCGACACGGACUGGCACCUGGACCGUCAAGUCUGAGACCUAUAUGUCUGCGCAAGUGACUGAUUCAAAUUCUGAUGACAUUUCCACCGUUUUUGAACCCGAUGUCAACGAAUCUGGCAAUUACACUAUUCUUCUGUACACCCCCGGUUGUACUCAGGAUGAUACGUGUGACUCCCGCGGCCAGGUCAACGUCACUGUCACCGCCAUAAGUGAUACCGAUACCGAGUAUUCGAACCCAUCGUCAACAACUAUUUCCCAGACGAACGAGGACGACAAAUACGACCCAGUGUACACUGGGUAUGUUGAUGCCAGCAGUGGCUCAUUCCGACCCCGCGUUACCCUCAGACCCAUCUCCGGUCAGGGUGAUAUUACUGUUGUUGCCUGGAGUGUUCAAUUCCAGCUGCUCUCCAAUUCUACAUCGUCAGAAUCUUCAUCGUCGUCAUCUUCGAACUCGACAGGAAAAUUGAACGGACUGUAUGACUAUGACCCGACCUCUAAGACUACCGCCAAUGUCGGCAAGUCAGCUAUCAACAAGGCUGGUAAAUCACUUAGCACAGAUGCCUUGGUCACGAGUUUGGCUGAGGAGAGUGGCGUGAUCUAUGUUGGUGGUGCUUUUUCUGACAAGGACAUCCAUAACAUUAUGUCCAUCACCGACAGCAAUGCGACCGCAUUAUCAGGUGGUGGCCUGAAUGCGGGAGUACAAGCCAUGACUAUACUUGACAGUACCUUGUAUGUCGGAGGCAAUUUCACAGACACAUCCGAUGGUGGCUCCGACGGCCUUUAUUACAUUGCCUCCUACUCAUCCUCUUCGAAGGAGUGGUCGGCUUUGGGUGAGGGUUUGAACGGCCCAGUUGACACGAUUUAUCCUAUCCAGUUGAAUGUGUCGUCUGAGGUCAAUGGAACUACGAUUGCUGUAAGCGGUCGUUUUGACCAAAUUCGUGCUUUUGGCAGCAACUCCGCUAUUUAUGUCCCUGGCUUCGCUAUUUGGCUGCCUUCCAAUAAGACCUGGCUCCAGAGUCUCAAUGUCACUCAGAUGGAAUUUGCCGGUCAGCUAUCAGCAGUGACUACUUUUAACGAUACAUCCAUUCUUGCAGGCAGCUUGUCUACGGCUGGACUCACUGCCUCAGAUGCACUGUGGCUGCAGAACCCCUCUGACGAUUUGAGCGUGCUUCCCUUGUCGAUGAAUAUUAACACUACUGAAUCGCUUCUUGGACUGGUUACUGGUACAUAUGACACCGAUUCUAGUCGCAAUUUCACCAUCUUUGGUGGCCAGUUCAAUGCCAAGAGCAGCAAUGGGUCAACCAUAUCCACCAUUGCCUUCCUGAACGGCACUGACGGCAAGGUUUCCGGUCUGCCUCAAGGCCUGGAUAGCAACUCUACGGUUAUUACGAUGCUGGCGUACAAUGACACACUCUUUGCCGGGGGAAACAUCACUGGAACUGUUGGUGGGUCUAGUGUGAAUGGUUUCGUGACAUACAACUUGACUACCGAGGAGUUUACCAAGACCCAGCCUUGGCGGCUUCAUGGUGACAAUGUCACAGUUAACGCCAUUGCUCGUCAACCUGACUCAUCGAAUAUCUACAUUGGAGGUAGCUUUGAUUCAGCUGGUUCACUUCCUUGCGACACUGUCUGUGCUUUGGAUUCAACUUCUGCUUCAUGGAGUCAGCCCGGUGUGACAAUCAGCGGCACUGUCCUAGCCCUCAGCUGGGCAAGCUCUACAACUCUGUAUGCCGCCGGAGAUCUCGAUGUUUCCGGUAACAGCACUGUUGUUGCUACAUACGAUACAAAGUCCCUGGCUUGGACUGCUCUUCCCGGCGCAUCCAAGUCCGCAAUGCCUGGUUCUAUUGCCGCGUUUACUCCUGCUAGCCAGGACAAUUCCCAAUUCUGGGUUGCCGGUACAGCGAGCAAUGGCUCAGCUUUCUUUUUAAAAUACGAGGGCUCCUCGUUCAGUUCACCGGGCAAUAUGUUCUCCGAAGGUACUGUCAUUCGUGGUUUGGAGAUCCUCCCCAUCAAGGAUGAUCAUUCUUCGGUCUCCCUUUUGAACAACGACCAGAGCCUAUUGAUCAUGGGCCAGUUGAUCAUCCCGAACUUUGGAAAUGCGUCUGCAGCGCUCUACAACGGCACUGCAGUCACACCGUUUAUCCUUUCUUCCAAAUCAAAUGGCCAGGCUGGAAGCAUGUCCCAGUUGUUUACAGAGGGCCAGAACCCAUACAGCAGCAAAACGAAACAUCAUUCAAAUGGCAUUGUGGUCCUGGUAGCCUUCUGCUGUGCACUCGGCUGUGUCUUUGUCAUUGUCGCUGCCGGUAUCGUCAUGAACAAGAUCCAGCGUCGUCGCCAGGGUUAUAGCGCUGCUCCUCAAACGUUUGGCACCGACCGACCGACCGAUAUGCAGCGUGUGCCCCCCGAAUAUCUGUUUAAUUCUUUAGGACACGCCCAUCCGGGUGCUCCUACCAUCUAA